AUGGCUUCUAAUAUCCAGGAGGUGACCAAGAACACCGCAAGGCAUGUCCUUCAACUCAUCACCCAGACCUCCGAAAACCUGAAGAUGAUGGAAUUUUCCGAACACUUUGACACCAUCCAAGAACUUGGGACGGGUUCAUAUGGAAAGGUCCUCCUUGCCAAACCUCGGGGUUCAGGUCAGUUGGUGGCUGUGAAGCUGCUUAGCAAGGUGAAGGUUCAAAUGGACAACUUUCUGGUGGAAUAUGGGAUGUCUAUCACCCUCAGCGGCCAUCCCAACAUCAUUAGGACCCAUGAAGUUGCCUUUCACACAAGUAGAGGCUACGCGUUUGUUCAGGAGGUGGCGACAGCUGGAACUCUUUAUUCCCUAAUAAAACCAAAUGUUGGUUUAAGUGAUGAUACAGUGAAGCGAUUUGUUCCUCAGAUAGCCAGUGCUUUGGAAUACAUGCACAGCAAAGGGAUGGUCCACCGUGACAUCAAGCCGGACAAUAUUCUGCUAAUGGACUUUGAAUGUAAUAUUAUCAAAGUGGCAGAUUUUGGACUGACAAGGCUCCAGGGUACUGAAGUACCAUCUAUAUCCCGCUUCACACCGUAUAGGGCUCCGGAACUGUGUAGCCUGAAAAAAGGAGAUCAGUUGCUUCUACGCCCGAGCAUUGAUAUCUGGGCCUUUGGUGUCACGAUUUACGCAGCUUUGACUGGAUCAUUCCCUUGGAAAGGAGCAGAGAGACGUGACCCAAUGUACAGAGACUUUGCGUGGUGGCAAGUCAGAAAAGAUGUGACUUUAGCAUCAGAAAAGUGGAAGAAGUUCUCUCUUGAAGCCAGGCAAAUGUUUUGGGAUCUUUUGGCCCUCAAUGCUUCUGAGAGGUGCUCAGCAAUGGACAUUCUAAAAUAUCUUCAUGUGCCAUGGAAAGCAGAAAUACUUUCAGAAAACCAUACAAGGAGUACUACUGGGAAGAAGCGGUAUAUGACGAAAGCACUCAAUCGGAGUGUGGGACAGUUUUUUACAUUGGUGGCAAGCAGUGAAAUGCUUCCUGCAGUCUGGGACAUCCAAACCUUCACCUGGAUCCAAGGUCUGCAUAGCAGGAGAGGAGGAGAUGUGCAGAGACCAGCUACCAUUGAAGAGGAAUGCGAAAGGAGGUUGCGAGAGAUGCAGAUACAGAACAGAGGACCAGUAUCAGAUCAGGUCCUGCUGGGAUGGUAUUAG